GUUGGUGGAGAUGUCAUAGUGGCUUUCUACGAUGCCGACGAUGGUACCUUCCAUGCUGUAGAUUACUACAUUUCUCACACUGCUCAAUGCGAUGGUAAGCAAGGUGUAUGUCCCGAUGAACGUAUUGGAGGAAGAAACGAUGCUACACUUAUAUCAGGAUCCAGAGAAAAUGGAAUUACUACGGUUAAGUUCAGAAGACCUUUAAAGACAAACGAGGCAAUUAAUGAUCAACCAAUCCCACUUGAAGGUGAAGUAUCUGUCAUCGCAGCUUUUGGACCUCUAAAUUCGUUAAAAGAAGCUAACGCUCAUACAGUCACUGACAAAACAACAGAAGAUUUUAGAAUAGAUUUCAGUAAUUUCGAUGAUCAUGACUGUACAGGCAAUUUAGAAGAUUUGGGCGUUGCAAGUGGGCCUUCUGCUUGGCCUCCUGCAAGAUUAAUAGGUCAAACGACUUUUAACGCAAGGUUGGGUCCGACUGGUGGUAAAAGGGGCUAUACACCUAUAACGAAGCAGCCAUCUUGGGGUAUUGCGUGGUACAUCAAUGACCUUCUUAUUCCGGAACUAACUUUGGAAAGAGGUCAAACUUAUUUGUUUGUUGUGGAAGGCGGAGAUGAUAGUAGUAAUCCUGCAAGGUACCAUCCAUUCUAUAUAACUGAUUCCAAAGAAGGAGGAUUCGGCCAAAAGUCGGUUGCAGAACAAAAGAAGCAAAAAGUGUUUGCGGGAGUCGAAUACGACAACGAUGGAUAUGCGUAUCCAUCUGUAGCGGAAGAUACUGCGAAUGGACACAUAGAGGCAUAGACAAAUCGGCAGAGUCUGAAACUUUUGAAGAAUUUACAAAAACAUUACGGCUAGAAUGCGAUGCGGGCGAGCCAGCGUAUUUGAACUGGACAGUUCCGAUGGACGCGCCUGAUUUAUUGUAUUAUCAA